ACUUCCACUCAUGCACAUUAACGUCUGCUGACAACAAACCUGACCUCCUGAGGAAACUGGUACUUUUUCCUUACAUCUCCCAAGAGCUACUACAAGCAGAAGACAUGAAACCCAAAUCCUUACCAUCCAGGCUGUUCGACAUAAACUCAGCAGUGGAGACUCUGAACAUACGACCAUCAAAAUAUCAGCGGCAUGUGGACUGUGCGGAUCACUCAGACAGCAGCCAGCCGGUGGAAGAGGACGGCGGACAAAAUGAGAAGUGCCAAAGGGAAAUUAAUUUUGCGUUUCUGCCAGAGAGGUAUGAGGCACUUGUAGAUGAUGAAGCCCGAGCCAAGGCAAAAGAAGAGAAGAAGAAAAAGAAGAAAGAAAAGUACAAGAAAGUAAAGAAGAAUGUUGGCAAAGCAAUGCGUGCCACCUGGAAGUGUCUAAUGCUCGGUCUGUACAACUUCGCCCUCGGCUACUCAACUCCGAUCACAGUGGCUGCUACCUUUGUCCCUGACUUUCACCCAGGCAGGACCACUAACUGAGCCGGGCCUCUUGCACCUCCUCAACUAUCUGCAGACUUCACUGUAUAUUUCAGAAGUCUCAUGGAUAAAAACCAAAGACUUUUAACUAGUUUGUAAUGUUUGUGUAUUUGAAAUUGCAUUCACAUAUUGGUUUGCAUAAGUUUAAAUAUUCUUAUCAUCAUGAAGACAAGUUUUGAAAUAUGCUUUUGUGUACAAAUCCUGAUCACUUACCUCCUUUUUGACACAAACUUUGUACUCAUUGCUGAUUUGUUCGCAGCUUUUUUAUCAGCUGUAAUCUGUGUGCAUAUGAUAUAUUCUGUAGCCAAAUUUAUAUUUAUAGCCACUCACAGUUUAGAUCAUAAAAUGAGAAACUGUGAAAUAGUUUUUGCAUUCACACGAGGCCUUAAAAGCUGAAGUACUACUUUUCUCUGGAGAAUGUGUUUAGCUGGUGGUUGUAUGUGUGCAGAGAGUUUAGUGGGGAUGUUGACACUGCAUUAGGACAGGGUUAUUUACUGUGGCUGUAGAAGUGAAUCAAGGGACAGUGCUUCUGAAAAUGAUUUACAUGCAGGAAAGUCUGAAGAGAGGCAUGAGUAUCAGGAUAUUUUGUGGAAAGAUGAGUAACUAAAGGAUAGAAGGAUGUAGACAAGCUGAGGAAGUUCUCAAGUUGAGCUGAUUCAAACAGGAUUCUUUGAACGGAAUUUAAUACUGUGACUUUCUGAGGUAGUGCAAAGCAGCAUUCAAAUAUUUCAGUGUGUAUGAGUUUCAUUUGAAGGUAAAGUUAUGUUGUAUGUAAGUUGAUGUUUGAUUAAAUGUAAAUAAAUUAUUCACCACUUUA